AAACAGUAUUCAUUUUAUCACUAAAUAUAGGGACUUUAUAUGCAAGAAGAAACGUAAGAUUUCUGCUGUUACGUGUAGCAUAACUUUAAUGGAGUCGUGAUUAAAUAUAAGAUACAUUGAAAUGAAAAUAUGAGUGCUACUGCGAAAGGUUUUAUUCAAGAUUUACCUCCAAAGGAAGGGUAUCGUCCUAUUCAAACAGAACGUAUCCCUUUGCGUAGUUUACUUGGAGGACGAUCAACUUUUGCUAUAGUCUUAUUAUCUACCAUUGUUGGGCAUUUUUUGUAUUUUAUAGAAUGGAAAAAGCAAAAGAGAGAAUCUAUUGAAAUGAGAAGUGCUCAAUUUGCACUUUUACCAUUCUUAAUAGCUGAGAGAGAUCGAGCAAUGUUGAAACAAGUCAAGCGUAAUUUUGCUGAAGAAAAGGAGUUGAUGAAAGAUUAUCCGGGAUGGAAAGUGGGUACAUACUUUGGGGAACCAGUAUACAAAACAGUACCAGAAGAUGCAUUCGUUGAGCCAGAUAAUUAUGAGUACUUUGCACAUGCAGAUCCAAAUGAAAUGGACUGGAAGCGUAUAAUAAGACAAAUAUUCUAAAAAUAGUCAUUAAAAUAUAUUUAACAGAAGUAGUAAUCUAUUAAGAUAGACAUUAAAUAAAAGUGUCGAGGCAUUGUAUAUAACAU